AUGGAUAUCCUUUACCACGUGGAUCCAACCGAUCCCUUCUACUACACAUUAAAGUACCUCCAGUAUUUCUGGUUUUUUCCUACAGCGAGUAUUGAAAAACGAAAAUUUUGGAUCGUUUCUUCUACCUUCAGAAUAUUUUCCUCGGCUUGCGUCGUCACAACCAUAGCUCACUUCAUAGUCUCUCUCAAAAAUCAAGUCCGUUCAGUUAUCAUAGACGACCUCAUCGUCAUUUGCGGCGGAAUCUGUAUCAUCCGUCUGGACUGCCAAUAUUGGAUCCAUUGUUGGGAUUGGUCUGCUCUUUAUACUCGCGUCACUAGUCGACGACCAUUUGGAGAACCUCCGACCUAUCGUACUACCACACGCAGGAUGAACAAAUUGUCGUUACUAUGGAUCAUUUUUUGCACCGCAGGAGUCUGCCUGAGUGUCACGAUGACCAUUUCCGACCGUGAAUGCGGUCGCAGGAAUAAACGUCAAGGUUUGCAGGAAAUUUGUAACAUGAUAACUCCAACUUGGAUACCAUACAAUGGAACACUGCCUUCGCCAUUUAAACACGCAUUCCUGGGGUUCCAAAUCACCGGCUACGUCUCAUAUUUCCUAACCUCGGCGGUGCUAAUUAUAAUGAUAUGGGAGGUGGCAGAGGUGAUCUUGACUCGCGUGGACCACUUGAAAACUGUGGUUAGAUCAAUUUUUGACGAAAACGAUGAACCAAGGACUCGAAAGGAAAUCGUUUUCGCCAUUAGGUACCACGUAGAGUUGCUAAGAUUAAGCUCGGAGUUCAAGAAGGUUGUGAGCAAAAGCGCGAGUCAUGUCACGUGUAUGUCAGGCGUCGUCAUCGCAUGCGUAGCGACCCAAGGCUUAAAGGAAAUGAACGCCAGUCUGUUGUACGAAUUGAGCGGGUGGCUCAUAUCUCUCUUCGUAUUUUGCCACACCGGACAAAGACUUCGAGAUUCGAUGUUAAGUAUCGGAUCAGCGUUGCUUGACUCCAAGUGGCACCAGGCAGAUACGCCCACAUUGAAGAAGGUGUUGAUGAUGCUAUCUAGGACUCGAAAACCCGUAACCCUGGAUACCAUUCCUACCGGAUCUUUGGAUUAUGUGCUCUAUCUAGGGAUAAUCAAAGCGUCCUAUUCUUACUGCACUUGGAUCUACAGCCUGACGGAAACUACGCAUUGAGCUGCGCGUAACAACUCCGACACUCUCUAAAAGC